AUGGACAUGGCAUGGCCUGAGAGGCGGGCGGCUUAUCCCCACAAGCAUCGCGACGACGUGGGGGGCACCCGGGGAGAUCUGGGGCACGGUGAUUUGACAAAGGUGCGAGCUUAUCAGCUGAUUCCGUGGCUCAACUUGAGUUGUGGAGGAUGCCUUUCAGGUGUCACUCCCCGCAAAAACAUCGAAGCAGCGUCUGCGUGCAGUGGCACCAUGGGCGCCGGGGCCGGGGCGGAGCGGGCGGAGCGGCCGGCGGAAAAGCGGCUCUUCGUGGGUGCCAAUUGGAAAUGCAGCCUGGAGUCCGUGGAACAGGUGGAUCAGCUGCUGUCCUCCAUCGCGACGGCGGUGUCGGCGGAGACCAAGGGCCUGGCGGGCCUGGAACUGUGUAUCUUCGCGCCCUACGUCUUCCUGGAACGCGCCCGGCGGAUCUUGCCGACGGAGAUCCGCGUGGGCAGCCAGAACGCCUGGGAUGCGGCCGAGGGCUUCGCCUGCACCGGGGUGGUGACCUCUUCGAUGCUGAAAGGCAUCGGCUGCGACUGGGUCCUGCUGGGGCACUCGGACCGGCGAAACGUGCUGGGCGAGUCCCACGACCUCAUCAGCCAGAAAGUGAGGCGAUGUUUGGAGAGUGGCCUGAAGGUGAACAUCACCAUCGGCGAGAAAAAGGAGGCGCGCGAGAAGGGGCAGGAGCUCCAGGUGCUGCAGGAGCAAUUGGAAUCCGUGGCCAAGGCGGUUCCGGCGGACGCCUGGGAUCGGAUGGCGGUGGCCUACGAACCUGUCUGGGCGGUCGGUGAGGGCGCGGUGCCCUGCGAGCCAAACGAGGCGCAGCGCGUGCACAGCGCCCUGAGACAGUGGCUCAAAGAGAAGUUUGGAGAGAACACCUCGAAGUGUUUGUUCCUCUACACAGGCUCCGUGAACGAGAGCAACGCGGAGCACUACGCCGCGCUGCCGGACGUGGACGGAUUCGUGGUGGGCCGCGCCGGGCUGGACGUGGAGAAGCUCUCGGCCAUUUGUCGCACGCUGGUGAGCUGCAAAAGCGGCAGCGGCGCCUGAGGAGUGAUAUAUAGAUGAUGGGGGGUGCAUUCUCCCCAUUUUUCAACAAAUCAUUCUCGGGCUAAGAAUUUUUGUAUCAUACCAUCUCAUACUUGGUGUAGUUGAGGCUACUAACUGGCCUCCGAACAUAGCUAUGGUGGAAUAUAUCCACAAACAGUUCACUGGCCGCUCAAUGCAACACGCCUGGGUGCGGCUCUCCUUUCGAUGGCAAAAA